AAACAUGUUUGUCUUGACCAUACUAACUCGGAUUCAACGAGAACACGAACAAGUGAGAGCGACAUUGUGAGUAAGGAGAUCCCAUUGUCAAUGGAACACCGUUGUCUACAUUAUCAACAUCUCGUUAUUGGAGGAGGAGCAUUGGUUGUUGCAUACAUCAAGGACUAUUUCGAACCAUUUGAUCUUUCAAAUUAUCUGAGCUUUCAUGGAAACUCAUCGAUUGUAAAGUUUAGCAGUUCCUCAGUGAAUCUUCCUGUUGGAGUCAAAUUUAAGCUUGUGUUUCGGGCAGUGUAUCCUAUCACACCACUUCGUGGACUAAUAAUGGUCGACAACAUUUCUAUCAGUGACGGAAUCUGCAAGGAGUGUAGUCAAAAUAAAUUCCAAUGUAGUCGUGAUCGUGAUGAGUGCAUUCCAUUACACAAAGUUUGUGAUCUUCAGCCCGACUGUCAGGACGGAGAGGAUGAAAAGCAAUGUGACAUGGACAUACUGAAAGCUCUCUGCAGGGAAACCACAAUUUCAACCUUUCAAAAUUCCUCCUUGCCAAUAGAUCACAGUGAUGAAAGACAUUUUGUUCCUCGCUCAAAUCUUUGUGAUAAUGGGGAAGUUUGUCCACUUUGCUCCUUCAACAAAUGUACUCUACUCUGCCCUACCACCUGUACCUGUGUCGGUCUGUCUUUCAACUGCUCCUCGCACAACGCACCGUUCUAUGCUACCUCUAUAACUAUUACUGGUCUAUUUCAAGAGGAAUUGAUAUUCGAUAAGAGAUAUUCUAACUUAAAAGAAAUCAAAAUUAAUUCUUGUAAAUUGGUCCUGCUAUACAUUGAACCCGGCGUAAAUGUAAGAACAUUAGCCAUUAGCAAUAGUAUAAUCAAAUUUGCAGUAAUUAACAACAACACUAAUUAUCUACAGUACGUAAGUAUAAUCCAAAGUUCGUUUGAUAUUAUUAGAUUCUUUUUGCAAAUAAACCCCGUAUUUGUAUUCAAAUUUGAAUUUUAUGUUUACAAUAGUUCAGUGAAAAAUACUACUCAGAGCAUAAUUCAAAAGAUGUUUGGUGUACACGUGCAUCUCUCAGAUACUACAGGGUUUCCAUUAAUAGUUCGACAAUUUGAUCACUUAGUAGUCAAUUUUAGUUAUUGUAAUUUGACUGUUCAGCCAGAUUCAUACCAGAAAACUAUAACAUUAGAUCUUAGUCAUAACCGUCUUACACACUGGCAUAUUUUAUCCUUUAUUCAAAUUUUACAUCUCCAAAAUAAUUUGAUUAAAGCUGUAAAUUUUACAUAUGAUUUCCGCCAUUCAGACGCUCGCUUACAAUAUCUCGAUCUGUCAUCUAAUCACAUUUCUAUCAUUGAAGAAGACGAUUUUAUAGAUUUACCUAAUCUUCUAUAUCUAAAACUUCGAAACAAUCGUCUAGUUGAGGUUAAUGAAAAAGCUCUCUCAUUUGUCUCAAAACUUUUUUAUUUGGAUUUGUCCACCAAUCAUCUACGUUCUUUAAAACGCAGUCAUUUUAUCCAGCUCUCGAAUUUACAAUAUCUUUACCUGCAGAACAAUAACCUAAAGGUGAUAGAAGGAAUGUUUGACGGUCUAAUGAAUAUUCAAUAUCUUCAAGUGGAUUCCUACACUCUGUGUUGUGCUCAGCCGAAGGCUGUGAGCAAAAUACAUUGUACUGCACCUCUUAACGAAAUCUCUUCCUGCCAUAGCUUGAUCGACACUCCUCUUCUUAGCGUGAUCAUUUGGUACAUAGCUCUGUUAGCUGUGUUUGGCAAUUUCUUGGGAAUACUUUAUAGAGGUUUAGUGGUUAGGGAAAAAAUCAUCACAUCGUUUGCCAUAUAUUCUGUCAAUCUUGGGUUUGCAGAUCUUCUCAUGGGUGUAUACCUUUAUAUCAUAGCUGGUGCUAACCUCACGUACAAUGGCCGUUAUGGUUUUGAGGAUGAUUCUUGGAGACGAAGUCCUCUAUGUACCUUUGCUGGCGUGUUGGCCACUCUUUCCAGUGAGGCAUCUGCUCUUUUCGUUCUCUCCAUCACUAUCGACAGAAUAAUCAUCAUUCGAUUCCCAUUUUCGAAACUAAAAAUGAACGAUUGGAUUGCAAAACUCAUUUCCAGUUUUGUGUGGAUCACGUCUUUUCUUCUGUCUGUGUUGCCGUUAUCCGAAAGUGAGUACUUUAGUGGUUAUUAUUCCAGUUCUGGAAUAUGUAUUUCUCUACCCAUAUCCGUUCUUCGUAAACCUGGGUGGGAGUACUCAAUGAUCCUAUUUGUUGGGGCAAAUUUCUUUAUUUUCAUGGCAAUCUUAUUGGGACAAUUUGUCAUUUUUACUGAUGUUCUGCGAAUGGGGAAAGAGGUGAGCUCACAACGUUCUACACUAAAAGGGAGAGAGAUCAAUUUGGCGAAAACUUUAAUUGCUGUUGCAGUAACAGACAUGCUUUGCUGGAUUCCAAUUGGUGUGAUCGGUCUUCUGACAUUUUUCGGCAUUGAUGUCACGGCUAAGGUGUAUGCUUGGGUAAUUGUCGUAGUUCUUCCCAUAAACUCGGCACUGAAUCCAAUAAUCUACACAUUUUCGGCUAUGCUGAGACGCAGAGGACAGCAGAAGUCUUCACAGACAAGCAGUUAUUCUAAAACGAAGGAAGAAAAUAAAUGUGAUGCAAUAUACCAGGUGUCGCAAACCAAUGGCCAGAAACGUUCGCGGAAAUAUAUACAAUCAACGAUUCAACCGUCCACAACAUGA